ACUCUGGCUUGCGCGUCCCUGGCAAUGGAAAGAAGCAGCAUUUGUUUACAUUUAUUUGUGCAAUAAAUAUGACCACAGGCGAUGGAGACGACGAUUCGGCGGCACAGGGAGGUGGCAGUGGCGCCCAGUUAGCCCACUUGCCCACCCAAUUAAUGGACAUAUUCAAGGCACUGGCUGAAAAUGACAAGAUCAUCUUCAAAUCCCAGCAAAUCGAUGAUCCAGAACUGCCCUUUGCCGAGAAGCAGCAAAUCGCACAAGAAUCCUUCGAAAAGAAUCGCGAAAACUUUCUCAUACGAUUUGGCAGCUACUUAAAUGCCAGUCAAUUGAGCUGCUUCCAGUCGCUGGCCAUACAGGAGCCCAUCAAACCGGAGGAAAGCCUAGAGGAGAUGUGCCUGCUGCUGGAAGACUUCAAGCGAAAGCUCAACACUCGCACAGUCUGUGUGAAGAAUCGACGCUAUCAGGCGCUGCAGCAGCUCUUGCACAAAGGGGAAUACUUUAGCGAGCACGAGAUGAUGCAGCGGGCACCGGAUCUGUAUCAGGAAUUGGUGGGUCAAUAUAUGACCGAACAGGAGAAGAAGGCAAGGGACAGCUACGAUGUGAGAAACACCAGCUUCUCGGGCAUACUAAUGCAUACGCUGGAGAAGAAGCAACGCGAUGAGUUGCUGGAGGGUAAACAGCAGCCACAGCAGGACGAAGAGGACUCCAUGUCCGCUUGUUCCAGUCGAGCUGCACCUCAGACUUUUGAGGUGCCUGCCGCUUGCCGCCGUCAAUGGGGUGAAUUCGAAGAAGAUGCACCCAUAGCCUGUUCUACCAGUCGCCUGCUGCAGCCUCCAGCUGCGGUACAAGUCACAAAAAUCUCCACUGCCGAGUACUACAAUCCGGGGGAGCGUGAACUGUUGCGCAAUGAAUUUCUCAGCAUGAUGAAGGAACGUUUUCUGAGCGGUGAAGAUCACGACUUUGAUUACACAGCCGUAGAUGAUGAUGCCACGUUGGAUGAUCUGAAACUCAUCGAACAAGACGAAGAGGAUGCCUAUUUUGAGACCAGCGAUGAGGAGGAUGAGCAGCCAGAGGCAGAGCCAGAGCCAGCCGCAUCCUCCAGCGAAGACGAAUUGGAUGUUUAUAUGAGGCAUCUGAACAACCACCACAGUCUGCAGCAGCCUUAGUCUUUAAUUUUAGUACUUAGCAAACUAGAAAUACAUGAAAAUUUGAGUAGUAAAUGUAGUCAA